UCUGUUGAUUGGAAACUGAACUUUAGGUAAUUUAUAAUACCGUAGCACCGCGCAUGAGGUUUUGUAAGCAGAAGAAAUGUUGAAUGGUGAGUAAUUAGAGGGGCAUCUUGUGAGCAACGGGCCCCCUCCCCACGGCCACAUUGUGUACCAUUGAUCGCGGCUGCAGUAGUGUCCCCUCGGCCAGUGCGAGCGGCGACAGUAACAGUGUAGUGAGGAAGUGAUGACAGUGUGUUGUGCUAGGCAGUGAUGAUUAUGGUGGCAUGUCUCGCGACGUGUAUGGCGGAGGUGGUGGGGGAGGUGGGGUACCCAGCAGCAGGUCGCCCCGGCCCCAGCGUCGAGACCUAGGCUCGGACCCAUACUACCUGGACCAGGGCACUCACCACCGCGCCCACAGCCCUCAGCCCUCGGCAGCCGCGCGCCGUAGUCGCUCCGCCACCCGUGCCGCUUCCCCAACCCUGGCUCUGGACCAAGGUGGGCCAUACAUGGACCCCCACGCCACCAUGGAAGCGGACCGCCGCAGCGGAUCAGCACCAGGUACCCAUCACCGCAGCCGUAGUCAGAGCCGCAGUAACGUAGGUCGCAAUUAUCACUCUCUGGAUCGCGAAGCGCACGAUCGCGAGUUUAUGCCAAUUCGUGAUCCCCGGGACCGUAGUAUGGAACGAGGUGGCACCAUGGACCUUCACGGAGUGCAAGGUGGCCAGAUGGCCCGCCGCGAUCGCUCGUUAGACCGCGGACCAAUGCUGGAAGACGACUUAUACCGUGACCAUCAUUCUAUGACAAGGUCAAGGGCCAGCCCAAACCCAGAACUUGGUGGCCGCCAUGGACCAAGCACACUAGGGGGAAUGGGUCGGGAUGGGUAUUUCUCAGAACUUCAAAUGCACAAUUCAGACCUUCAGAAGGAACUCGGAAAUCUGAAAAAAGAACUCGAGCUAACUAACCAAAAAUUAGGCUCGUCAAUGCACUCCAUUAAAACUUUCUGGUCCCCCGAACUGAAGAAGGAGCGAGCUCUGAGGAAAGAGGAAAGUGCCAAGUACUCGCUCAUCAACGACCAGCUCAAACUCCUCAACUCUGAGAACCAGAAACAAGCGAUGCUGGUGUGGCAGCUGGAGGAGGAGCUGCGUCACCACAAGAACCUCGGCCCCAGCCUGGAGAAACAAGCGAUGUUGGUGCGCCAGCUGGAGGAGGAACUGCGGCACCAGAAGACGCGGGGUCUCAGCGUCGAGGUCCAGAGCCAACUGGAAAACCUCUCCACUGAGAACGACCAUCUCAACCGCGAAGUGGCCAUCCUCAGGGAGACCAUCAAGGAGUUAUGGACAAUGAGAAAUCGCUUGUCACUGGAACUGGAGCUGAGAAUAGAGACACAGAAACAAACAUUAGCAGCAAGAGAUGAGAGUAUAAAAAAGUUAUUGGAAAUGUUGCAGCAAAAGGGAAUAGGCAAGGAGGAGGAGCGGGCGAUGAUGCAACAGAUGCAGGCAGUAUUUCAGAAACAGCUGGAGGAGUCCCGCUUGGAGAUCCAAAAACGUGACCAAGAGAUUCUGGCUCUUUCGGCCAAAAUGAAGACAUUGGAAGAGCAACAUACAGACUACCAGCGACACAUCACCGUGCUCAAAGAGUCCCUCUGUGCCAAGGAGGAGCACUAUAACAUGCUUCAGGCAGAUGUGGAGGAGUUACGGCAGCGUCUUGAGGAGAAGAAUAAGACCAUAGAGAAGAAGACCCAGCAGGCGCUCCAGACCACUCAAGAGAGGAACAAGCUCAAUUCGGAGCUCACCGAACUCCGCGAUCACAUGGAUAUCAAAGACAGGAAAAUCAAUGUCCUGCAGAGGAAGAUUGAGAACCUUGAGGAUUUGCUCCGCGAGAAGGACAACCAAGUGGAUAUGGCACGGGCACGGCUGACAGCGGUGCAGGCUCAUCACUCCACCUCUGAGGGUGCCCUCACCUCCCUGGAGGAGGCCAUUGGUGAUAAGGACAAACAGAUUCAACAGUUGCGGGAGCAGCGGGACAGGGCAGAGCAGGAGCGCCAUCAGGAGCAGUCACUGCAUGAGCGUGAUAUUGCAGAGUACAAGAUGAAGCUUCAUACACUGGAGGGAGAAGUGGAAAAAUUGCAGGUUCGGCUUGAACGUUCCUUAGCCGAAAAGGAUAAGCUUGAAGCUAAACUAGAGUCCAGUCAGUCUGAGCUGGGCAAAGCUAAAGCUGAGUUAGAGAAGAUGCACGGGGAGGUUGGAAAAAGCACCAGUGACUAUGAAUCCUACCGCCAUCGGCUCACCAAGAUUGAAAUGGAGAAUGACCGCCUGCGAACAGAGAAUGAACGGAUGCACCAUGACUUAGAACGUUCUCAUCCAACAUAUGGCCGCUCUUCUUCAAUUCCUGGAGGUCCAGGAGAGAUGGAACGCCUGCAGGAGAAACUUGACAAAUGCCAGGCAGAACUGCGGCGUGCACAAACAGAGCUGCGCAUGAACCAAGCUGACUAUGAGCGGUCCCAUGUGGAGGUAAAGGUCGAGCAGCUACAGGAGAAAGUGGAGAAGGCACAGGGGGAGAUAUAUCGGCUGAAAGCACGGCUGGAGAAUGCUCAGAGUGAGAAGGACAGCGUGCAGGAGGAGCUGGAGCGAGCACAGGCCACUGUUGCCCGCCAGCACAGUGAGAGGGAACGCUGGGUCAAUGAGGUUGACAAGCUGCGGGAGGAGCUGGAGAGAUCUCAAGCGACAGUGGGCAAAGCACAGAUUGGUCAAGAGAAGACCCAGUCAGCCCUUGACAAAGUCCAGUCUGAAUUGGACCAACUACAGGAGCGUUACGAGAGGCAGAGUGCCGAAGUUCGCAGGGUGCAGGCAGAGCGAGAGAAGCAUGCUUACGACUACGAGCAAAUCCAAAGUCAGCUAGAUAAAGCCCAUGGCCAGAAUGCCAGACUUUCCAAAGAGCGUGAGGCUGCACAACAUGAGGCUGACAGACUACGAGAAAAAUACGAGAAAGCACAGACGCAGAUGGCUCGCAUGCAGAAAGAACGAGAGGCAGCCACUUCUGAAGUGGAAGCGCUGACUGAGAAGGUGGAUUUGGUUCAAGCGCAGCUGGGCAAGGCUCACAGGGACCGUGAGAUUGCAUUCGGGGACCUGGAACUGCUCAAGGAAAAGUACGAGAAGACCUCGGCACAGAUGCAGAAACUCAUGAUGGAACGAGAUGACCGUUCAACUGAAGUGGACAUUAUGAAAGAAAAGCUUGAAAAGGCCCAAGCACAAGUCACAAGAGCUCAAGAUGAAAAGGAUGUGGCUAACAGGGAGUUUGAAAGAGCAUUAGAAAAGUUUGAUAAAUCACAGAGUGAGAACUUCCGUCUACAAACCCGAUUGGAAUCCGCACAAGCAGAACAAGAACGUCUUCAAGUUGAAAUUGAAAAGACUCAAGUUCUUUUUAAUAAGAUCAAAGAUGAAAAAGUUAAACUACAAGAAGAUUAUGACCGUAUUCAAGAAUCCUAUGAUCGUUCAAGUCUCCAGUGUGUCCGAGCUAAGGAGGCUGAAGAAAAAUUAAAAGAGGAAAUUGAAAGACUUAAUGUGGAUUUGACUAUUCUCAAAGAGCGUUACGAUAAAACGACAGUUGAACUUCGACGUGUUGGUAGUGAGAAGGAAAAAUUACAAAAUGAUGUGGAUCAAUUAACUUUUGAACUAGAGCGAGCCCAGGCACAGUAUGGCAAGGCACAGACCAGCCAAGAAAAAAGUCAGGAAGAAAUUGCUAGAUUACAAAUUGAAGUUGAAAAAUAUAAGGAUAAAUAUGAGAGAAACACUUUAGAACUUAGUAAAGCUCGUAAUGAAAAGGAAAAGUUACAGCAAGAAUGCGAGAACAUACAAGCUGAAAUGGAUCGAGUUUUGGUUCGGAUGGGUAAAUAUCAGGACAAUACAGAACGAACCAAAGAAGACUAUGAAUUAUUGAAAAUUGAGGUAGAAAGGGUGAAGGACAAACUGGAGAAGACACAGAAGGACUUUGAAAGAGAAUCUAUUUUGCGGGAGAAGUAUGAAAUAGAGGUGACCAAACUCAAGAGUGAAAUGGACAGAGCGGAUCAACAAAGAGGUAAAUAUCAGUUAGAUUAUGAAAAGAAUAAACAGGAUAUUGAAAAGAUUGUAUCUGAAAAUGAGCGGUUACGAGAGCGAUAUGACACAAGCCAAAUUGAUCUACAAAAAGAGAAACUUUUAAAUGAAAAACUCUCUGAAGAAAUUGCAAGUAUGAAAACAGAGCUAGAUAAAACACAAUCAAGAGUAGGUAAGUUCACCACCACUCAUGAAAAAUAUGAAGGAGAACUUGAACGAAUGAAUAUUGAACAUGAAAAGACUAAAGAUAAGUAUGAACGGUCUCAAAUUGAAUGUACAAAAUCACAACAGAAGGUGGAAAAAUUGGAAUGUGAAAAUGAGCGGCUUAAGAGUGAUUUGCAGUUAAGCCAAGAACAGCUUGAACGUUUCCUUGAUGCUCAAGAUCGCAACAAGACUGAGGUGGACAAGACCUCGAUCGAAGUAAAUAAGUUGAAAGAUAGAUUAGAACGUAGCCAAGCUGACUUGAAUCGUGUUCAAGCAGGGAAAGAGAAAGCAGAACUGGAAGUUCAGCGGUUGACUCAUGAGAUGGAAAGGUCACAGCAACAUAUGUCUAAAUACCAAGAAAGUAAUGAAUCAGCAAAGAUUGAAUUUGAAAGAAUGUCAGUGGAGCUUGAAAAACUCCAUGAACGCCUUGAAAAAUCACAAACUGAGCUUAGAAGAGCUAAUGAUACAAAGGAGAGACUUGAAAUAGAAAAUAAAAAACAUAAGAGAGACUUAGAAGAAACCAAAUCAAUGAUUGGUAAAGCUACUGAUUACCAACAAAAGUCAAAUCAAGAUCUUGACAAAUGCAAAGAAGAGAUAAUAAGACUCAAUAAGGAACUUGAAAGAGCUAAGGAUGAACUCUCAAAAGUUGCAACAGAGAAAGAAAGGCUAAAUACAACUCAAGAAAAACGUGAAAAGAUGAUAUCAAAAUUAGAAUCUGAAUUAAAACAAUUACAAUCAGAGCGCGAUCAGUUAGUAAAGCAGUUAGAAAAAUCACAAGAUAUGCUUCUAAACUUCCAACAAGAACUGAAACAAACAGAAUCUGACCUACAAAAAACAAGAGAUGAAAACAAACGAAUAAAAUCUGAAUUGAAUAAUACAACCAAGGAAAUGGAGCAAGGAGCUAAGGACAUGUUAGAAGGCAGAGAAAAGGAAAUUCAAAAACUGAGUGGGCAGCUUUCUUCAAAGGAAAAGGAAUUUAAUGCAUUGAGAGCAGAAGCAGAGAAAGAAGUUCAGAGAUUGCAGCAAGAGGUACAGAAAGCUCAACAAACUGCUCAGGCUGCCCAGAAGGAGGCAGGACUUAUUCAGAGGGAAGCUGAAAAAGAGUUAAAGAACUUGAUUGUUCAAUUGCAAGGAAAAGAAAAAGAACUAGGAAUAUUGCGCAGUGAAGGAGAAAAGUGCAGAUUACGAGCAGAAAAGGCAGAACGAGAAUCUUCAGAAUUGGAUAAACAGGUAAAGGAGACAAGCAUGAAGGGUGAAGGUGAGACAACCAAAUUGCAACAAAGUGUCACCUCUGAAAAACAGAGAGCAGACCAAGCUGAACGAGCUGUCCAAGAAAUGCAAAAGCAAAUGCAAACCAUGGCACAAGACAGUCAGAAAACAAAUCAGCAAAUUCAGCAGCUGAAUCAGCAGAAUCAAGAGCUAAAUAGACAGAUACAGCAAAUAACUCAACAAAAUCAACAGGCACAAAAACAAAAUCAAACAUUACAGAAGCAAGCACAACAAUCACAACAACAAAUACAACAGCAAACACAACAACUGCAGAUUUUGCAACAGCAAAUACAUCAACAGCAACAACAGUUACAGAAACAGAGCAAUAAUCCACGAGAGAACCCAGAUACACAAAGAUUAAAAGCCGAUUUGGACAAAGCUAAUAAUGAAUUGAAGAAUUCUGCAGUUGAAAAACAAAGGCUUCAAAGUCAGCUUGAGUUGCUGGUUACAGAGCUGGAGAAAAAACAGCUGGAUUUGCAUGAGGCCAACCAGAAACUUCAGAACGGCGCCAGGCCUGGCAGUGACUCACAAGUGAUUAAGAGACAGCUGGAGGAACAAAUGAAGAUGGUGGAGCAGAAGGUACAGUCGUUAGAACAGAGAAACAGGCAAUUGGACGAGAAAGAAAAAACGUUACUUGAUCUUGAUGCUCGAUUAAACAACAAGAGAGAACAAAUUAACAACCUGGAACAACAACUUGCAAAAGCACAAGCAGCAGAUGGAGCACCACCAACCGAGGCCAAUAGACAGCUUGCAGAGUUAAGAAGACUGCUAGGAGACAAAGAAAGGGAAAUGGAAUUAUUGCAAAAGGCACAAAUGAAGGCUGAAUCUGAUGCCAAGGCUGCACAGUCAGAAACUGAAAGACUUCUACAAGUGAUGCAGAUGGGCCAGGAGGAGCAGUUUGCCAAGGACAAGGCAAUUAAGGACCUGCAGGAAGCAUUGAGGGCCGAAAGAACUGGUGCAGGUGGCGGCCAAGUUAAAAAGCCUCCUGUAGCAUCUACCCCUGGCACUCCAGCAAAAAUGGAUGGAAUGCCAGGAGGACUAAGCACAGCUUCAGCAGGCCAAAUGGCUGCAACAGCAGCAGAGAAGGCUUCAGCAGCAUCAGAAGCUGCAAAAGCCACAUUGGAGCAAGCAAAGAAUGUUGCACAGCCUUCUGAAGAGCAAUUGCGCACAGAUCAUCAAGAGAUAGAUAUGUUAGAGAUGGAAGGUCGUCAGAGAGAAUAUAGGUUACACAUCGAUCAAAUGGAUGUUGAUAUCAAACUCAAAGAUUCACUCAUUAACAAUCUUAGUGAUGAAAAUAAAAGACAAAGAGAGCGUAUGCAAGAACUUGAGGAGGAAAUUCAUGCAUUAGAGGAAGAUAUGAAAAGGAAUGAGAAGAUCGAGGAACUAGAGCAACUGGUGGUGGUUGUUAAGCACAAGAAUGAGAGAAUUGAGGAGUUGGAAGAAGCAUUAAGACAGAGCGUUAGGAUUGCCACGGAUAUGGAGCUUGAGAAGCGAGACGAAGAAGAUAGACGGAAGGAGAUUACAGAGAAGCUUAAUAAACUUGAGAAUAGAUUAGCAAGUGCUCAAAAUGCUCAAAAUCUUCGGUGUACUUCCUGUCGUCCUGUAAGGCAGCGACUGUCUCAGGUGGAAGCCCGGUAUAAUGCCAUGGUUGGCGAACAGCGACAUCAUCUUCAAGAAUUGUUUGAUAUGAAACACGAGGCACUAACUUCGGCAUUAAGUGAAAAAGAUGCCCAUCUUGCCCUUCUAGAAGUUGGGGGAGUGAGGUCAUCCAGGGCUGCACAAGAGCUAGACACACUGAAGAAGGAACGCUCGAAACUUCUUGAUUCCAUUAAGCUCUUAGGUGAGGAACGGGUAAGGUUCAGCCAAGAAUAUGCUGCUACAGACUUCAAGCUGGAUUCUACCCCACCAGGAACUCCUCCCCCUCAGCAGAUGGUGGCAGGGCAUGAAGACUUGUGCGGAAUAUGAUUCUAAUGAAUCUGAUCUCUCUAGGCUACACAUUUCUUUGCUAGAUAUGUGCCCUGGGACCUCCAGCUCUAUGUAGGACUUACCCAGGGCCUUUGGGCUUCCUACAGACUAUCCAGCAAUGCAGCAAUGAAUGUAACUCUCUUGUAAAACAUUAUUCAGCACCCAUUAAUAUACUGUACUGUACAUCUUUACUCUUCUGGAUUCUCAACUGAUAUACAUUUUUGAGUGGUCCAUACAAUGAGGUUUAAAUUCCAUCCAUCAUCAUGUAUUAUUCUAAUGGAUGUACCAAAGACUUCUGAGUUUUCUUUGAAGAGAGCUAUUAUUUGAUAUCAGUGAGAAAACAGAGUUGUAACCUGUAGCAUUAGUGAAGCUUAAAUUCAGUAAUGAUAACUGUGGAAGAGCAUGAGUCAUGAAUUGUUAUGUGGUAAGCUGUUCAAACUCAGCUGAUGGUGAAACUGCACUUUAGUGCCCGAUUUGGUAUGUUACACGACUGAAUCAUAACCAGUUGCAUGAUGGCAAAAACUGGAAUACAGUAGUCUUCAAAUUCACAUUAGCUGUUUUGCAUAGAAAUUUCAAGCCCUAAUGCUAUUUGCUCAGGUUAGCAGGGUCCUAAAUGAAUUUGUUAAUAUGUACCUUAGUGCAGUCUAGAUACAAAACAACUAUUUUGAUACCAGUGUCAUUUGGCUAUGCUGAUAUUAUUUUUAAGAUUAAUAAUAUUUCAGUAUAUGCCAUGUAUCUAUGUACUAUAUUAGGACUGUAAUCAAAGUUGAAAACCUAACUUUUGUUUAUGAAAGCUAAGAAUUUCACAUGCUUCCAGUUUUUGACUGCUAAGGAUGAAUAAUGUUCUGCUUUUAAUGAUUAUGAUAUUGUUCAAUGCCUUAGAAGUUAAGACGUCAACUUGUGAUAGGAGGGUGGUAGCACUGAUUUUUAUGGUUUAAAAAUGAACUCGGUAAAUACAACAAUUUUACAACAUUGUUAAGAGUUUUUGAUGUCGGUGCAAAAAACUAGCGUUGAAUGUAAAGAAACGCCAUUUUCUGGGUGAGACCCGAAGGCUCCCCGGAGUUAACUGAGCUGAUAUGUAUUUAUUAGACCCCUGGCAUCAGUCAAUGCGCAUGGAGUUUUAGGCCUACCGGGGACCACGAGCCAGAACCUGAACCCCUCAGAGAGGCACGAGGAGCAAUGGCCUAUAGAAACCCCCUGUGUGGUUGGAAGCAUUCUAUAUCUGCUCUCAAUUGGGCCAGGCAUCCAGAAAGGUAAGCACCCCAAAACAAACCCCUAUGGUUAAAAUAUUGCUACUGAAAGCCAAACUAGUGGACAGAAAUAUCCAAAUAAAAAGGAAGAAAUGAGCAUGAUGUCACCAUGUCACUGCGCCGCUGUCUGCGCAAUGAAUGGGAAGCCCUGCACCCCCACGCCACCUGUCCACCCUGCAGUUCUGAGACUGGAAGUCAAAACCGCGAAAAAAAUGCCGACCGGAAAGAGGGAGGAAUGCCGGGGAGCCUCCGGGUCUCACCCAGAAAAUGGCAUUUCAUUACAUAAAAGCUGUUUUUUUUGGGGGGGAAGUCCCUUCGGCUCCCCGGAGCUACUUACCCUGGAGGCGAUUGGCCCUCGCUCCUCAACGCGAAGUCGAGACAAUUGGCUGCAACCGCUGACCCAAUGCGACACAGGCCCGACUAGGCCCAGGAACUUUGACAAGGUAGCGAGUGGCCAGGACCCUGUUUGACCUCCAAAAACCCCAUGCUUAAAUGUCAGCCCAAGACAUGUUACCAAAGACAGCAGCCAACGCAGUAAACUUACGAACGUCGUGGGCACGAGGGUAGACCGCAGGCUUGCUGGACUAAAUAAUCCUGCAGACAACCUGGGAGACCCGAACCCUAGAACAAGGAAGAAGGGAUACCUGGUCAACCCAAAGUGCAUUCUCGACCACCGAGGCCAUGGCACGCAGGUAACAGGGGAGAGCCGCAAUCGGACUCAACACACGAUGCUCCCCUGGCCUAACCAACCAAGCAUCAACAACUCAAGGAUCCCUCCAGAAAGCAGCAGUCUCAUUCUUUGCCAGAAAAGGAGACAACUGCAAAUGAACAAAUCUACCACCAGGACCAGAAGUGAAGAAACUCCUGCUCCAAAGAAAGGAGAAAGAGAGCACCCGGUCCAAUGACCAGGACAACUCUGGCAGUGCAUGAGCAGGCCAGCGAUGAAACAACUUAUGAGACAGCUUGCAGAACAGUGCAAAAGUAACAUCAAUGCUGAAAAUAAGCUGCAGCAGCUCCACCAACGUCGCACGAUACGAGGAAACAGUAUUCGGCAUAAGAUGAUGGUCCUGGAACAACCACGAAAGGAAGGACAAGACAACCUUAUCAGAGGGAGAAGUAGACCUACAAAGGGAUAAGAAAUAAUGGAAGGACCGUCAGGAAACUUCAUACUGCUGCCGAGACAAAGCACGCAUGGGGGACACCAUCAAUGAAGCCAUUUGCUCACCAUACAAGUGGUGAUAGACCCAAGUCAGGAAGACCAGACACGAUGACUCGAGGAAAUGAUGGAACCACCAGCCACGUAACAGACCAGACCGAUCUGCUGAAAGAGGCGGAGCCGCAGGAAGACCCUCAGGUUCGGACACAGAGCAAGCAGCGCCUGAAACCAAGACUGGGCUGGCCAUCAAAGAGCCAAGAGGUAAAUCUCUCAUUUGGUAAAUCUCCAAGCGAGCUAGGACCUGGAGCAAUAGCUGAACUGGGGGAAGAGUUACAGGUAAUCCCACCUCGACCAGUCCUGCCGCAAAACAUCAGCCCCGACUGUGAGGCCGUUGGGGAAGGGCACCACAUACAAUGGGAGACGCUUCGACCACACCAUCGCAAAGAGGUCCACCUCUGGAAGCCCAUACGUCCAGCAGAGGCAACUGAAUGAGUCGGCAUCAACCAUCCAUUCCGUGGACAGUGGAAUGAACUGAGGCAGGCUGUUCGCCAGGACGUUGGACACCACACGAACAUGAACGGCCAGGAGAGAGAAACCCCGAAAACUCAGCAGACGAGUCACCCGAAGUGACCAGCCUCAAAGAGCCUAGAACCAAAUAGAACCCCCGCGAUUCAGACAAUGAACCACCAGGGAGCAGUCCAAAUUGAGCCAGAGCAUCGAUUCGCGAGCGACCCGAACCCUCAGAAGUGACAUCCACACCACUACCACAAACUCCCGCACCGUGCUGUGGGCCUGACGGAAGGAUGGAUCCCACCGCCCCUGGCCAGCCUGGUAAGCACUGGUCACAAAGCUCCAACCAAGAGACAAUGCAUCCGUGAAUACAUCGAGCGAGGGCUCGGGUAGGCACUAAGGCACUGAGCUCCGAAAAACCCGAAGAGGAAGCUGGCGACACUGCAGCCGAUACAAGGCACUCAAAGGCCGAACCCAGCGAUCGUCAGAGAGGUGGGGUGGGACAUCCCCGAAGGAACCAGAACAGCUGACGAAACCAAAACCGACAUGGUGGUUAGACCAUCACAGCAAAAUUCAGGCUCCAGCACAGAUCCUUGGGCAACCGUGUGUGACCCGGGAGUCUCCAAGAAACAGGCGAAGGCAGAACUGCAGCUGAAGCAAAGCCUUCGGAGGGAGAGACAAGGCAGUGGUCCGAGAGUCCCACACAAGACCCAGCCAAGAUCGAGCCUGAGAGGAAAGCAGAUGGGACUUUGUCCAGUUCACCAGGAACCCAAACCUGGUGAGCUGAGAAAGAACCAAAUCCCUGGCAAGCAGACAAGCGGACUGACUGGAAGCCUACACUGGACAAACAUCGAGAGACGCCAGAACCUGAAAACCCAUAAUAGAUGCAGAGAGGCCACAACGACCUGGGUAAGGCAUGUGAACACGCGAGGUACCAGAUUCAAAUCGAAUGAAAGGCAAUGAAAGCAGUAAGCCUGAUGCCCCACAACAAAACCGAGUCAGUCCCUGAACCCCAGAUGAAUCGGGGCAUGCCAAUACGCGUCCCAGAGAUCCAGGGACACCAUCCAAGUGCCCGGCUCCAGGAGGAGAUGGACCUGGGACAAGUUAGUCAUCUGAAAGGAGGGGCAAUAGACCCAGGGGUUCAGACGGGACAAGUCCAGAAUGAACCAUAGGUCUGUGCAGUCCUGUUUUGGACUGUACAGACCUGUGAUUCAUCCUGAAGGAGGAGAGGCCACCCAACACUACCACAGGCCACACAAAACAACCCAAAAGGCCCACAAAUUGUGGGACCAGGCAUGAGCAAACAGCUUGAGCACCCCUCCACAUCACCCCAUCAAUGGGACAAGCUGUGAAAUGGCCGAUGCCCCUUACGUGAAUUCGACCUCCGCACAGAGUGAUCACCGCGUCAACCAGACGAAGAUGGUUCCGAAGGCUGUGCCGGCUCCAAAACUGGCCUACCACAAUGGGAGGAACCCCGAGCCCCUGGCAAGAUCCUUCCAGGAAGACCACCACGGGCCCUCCGAAGAACCAACAAGUCCAACAUUGGACGACAACUGGAAGAAUCUGCCUGCAGAUACUGCACCACUGCAGACUCUGCAAGCAGCAAAGAAUAAUAGGACAAAGAAAACCUGAGAACCAGGGCCCAAGCAGAUUCCACGGAAGUAGCAAGCACCGCCUGCCGACACGCGAGACGGGAAUAAAAAACAGCGACACCGCAUCCUGCAGGAUCGGCGCAAACAGCUUCAAAAGAGCAGACAAUGCACACACUGCCGAAACCAAUGCACCAGACCCAGGAUAGGCCCCAAGUGCCUCCAUGUCCUCCUCAAGCCAGUCUGAGGACAGCUUGAGAAGGGAAAAGAACAGCAAGACACCAACAGCGACCAGGGCAGCCGAGAGGGUGGGAACCUGCACGUAAAGCUGCACAAUGCAGACAUCCCGAGGAAGGGCAAGGAAGAACAAGCACACAUUGAUGUGCUCAAAUUCACCCCCCAGGAAGACCUGGACCACCAUAUGAGCCUCAUGCCACUCAAGCGUGCGGGACCGACAUAAUGUAUGCCACACCUUUAAUGACAAAAAAGGGCAGUUCGCAAGCCAGGAUGACUCCGGAACCUCAUAAUGAACCCAGUAACGAAAAGAAGAUCCAGACAAGAACGAAGAAGGAUCCAUUUUGGAGGCGUAAUCUGGGUCAUGCAGGAGGUAAGCCACAGUGGCCUCCUGCACAACAUGAGGAGGGAUGCGGGAGGCUAAAAACCUCCUGAAAGAUGGGACCGAAGAACCCAAAGGACCACAGAACCGAACCCAGGGAGAGAUUGACGCCAAAUCCAACUCGUACGAGGAGGGAGGAAAAAAAACCCACUCCCUGUAACAGCAAGCCCCACUCUGAGGAUUCACCAUAAUAAAGGGUACCUUAAACCAUAAUAAAGGGUACAAAAUACAAUCAAAUGUGCCAAUAGUAGGAAAGCAGUCUGUCAGGUGCAGUCACAGUGAGAGGUUGUGUUAGCUUGAGCUCUGAUUGUAGUAACAUUAUUAUAGCAAUAAUGGAAGGAUUAGUGAAGGAACUGAUGAAUCUAGUUGGAACUCUGAGAGCAGAGAUGGAUUUCCUACGAGAGGAGGUACGACAGCUGAAACAUCGGGAAGAAACGAAGGAGAUCAAUAUUAACAAGACCUUGUCGUGGAAGGUCGUUAAGGACAGGGGUCUUAAAAAAACCUUGACAAGGCCGCCUACAGAUGCCCUAAGGACAUCAAAUUCAUUUGCCGUGUUGGAAGACGAAUGCUGUGGUGAGCCUGCAGUUCACUCAAAACAGAAAUCAACGAAGAGCAACGAAGCACAGGCCCCUCAAAGUGCUCAGAAAGUUAAGGAGGUACCUAAACGAAUGGGAGUUGUGGGAGAUUCCCAGGUGAGGUAUUUAGACAGGAUGUUUUGUGCCAGAGAUAGGGGGAACAGGUUAAGGGUCUGCU